GCAAACAGCUCUAACUUUUUGUCAACAGCACCAAUAUUUCUCCAACUGAAGCCCAUACCUAGAAGCUUCUGAUUUUAGUGAACAGCUUUAUCAUUAUUAUUUAAUGGUAAAACACAAUGCUUCCACCGACCGAAUCUCUCCUGAAAUACAACACUCCAGUUUUGGUCAGCAAAAGCACAGACAGGAAAUCACCAAAGGGGCGCCCUUUGAGAGUGAGCCCUCAGCAGCCUGUUGACUCAGGCCCUGUUCCACCACCUCCUAAAUCCAAAUCCGCCUCCACUGAGGCCACCAGGCAGGAAAAUGAGGAGAUCCUGAAUGCUAUCCUUCCACCCAGGGAAUGGACGGAGGGGAACCAACUGUGGGUGCAGCAAGUGUCCAGUGCACCUUGCACAAGAACAGAUGUUGUGCAUCUUGAGGAACUCUUAGACAUGAAGCUGCAGCAAAGACAGGCCAGAGAAACAGGAAUCUGUCCUGUCCGCAGGGAGCUCUAUUCUCAGUGCUUUGAUGAGCUGAUCCGACAGGUGACCAUUAACUGUGCUGAGAGGGGUCUGCUGCUGUUGCGGGUUAGAGACGAGAUUCAAAUGACUAUUGCUGCCUACCAGACACUGUAUGAAAGCAGCGUGGCGUUUGGCAUGAGGAAGGCACUGCAGGCUGAGCUGGGAAAGGCUGACAUGGAAGAAAGAAUUUCUGAUCUGGAGACUGAGAAACAAGCCCUGAAGGACCAACUGAACGAACAGAAAGCUAAAUGCGAUGCAAUUGAAAAGAGAGAAAAUGAAAGGCGACAGCUGGAGGAAAAGAAGCACGCAGAGGAGGUACAGGCCCUGAAGAAAAGCUAUCAGCAACUCAAGGUGAGGUUUCAUAGUUACAUGCUUAAGAAAAAUGUCCUCUUAAGAUCAAGCAUCAAUAGUAACUAUGUCUGUCCCAAGAUUUGUAUGAGCGUAUUUGUCUUUCUUUUCAGACCCAACUGGAAGGAAUCAUUGCACCAAAGAAAUAACUGGAACAAGCAAAAACUGAGUUGCCAUUUCCAAGUACAAAAUGUUACUUUGUCCUUUGUCUUGUUUGUCAAUGAAAUCAAUUCAUGUAAACUUCACUGUGUGUAAUUAGCAAAUAUUUAAUUU